AUGGGUGGUACUGAGACCGACGCCAAGCCCGACACUGAGGGCUUGGAGGAUGCCGUGGGCGAGUCGCACCCACCGGCAGAAGGAACCGACGGACUUGAGGAUGCUGUGGGCGAGGAGCAACCUGCACCAACGAAGUCAUCUUUGGAAGCUGCUGCGCGCGAACAACUCGUCACUCAAACACACGCCAUCAUUCUCCCCAGCUAUGCGACAUGGUUCGACAUGAACACCAUCAACCCGAUUGAGAAGAAAGCUCUUGCCGAGUUCUUCAAUGGCCGUAACCGCAGCAAGACCCCUGCUACAUACAAAGAUUACCGCGAUUUUAUGAUUAACACCUACCGAUUGAACCCCAUCGAGUAUCUCACUGUCACCGCUUGCCGUCGCAACCUUGCAGGUGACGUGUGUGCUAUUAUGCGCGUUCACUCAUUCCUUGAGCAGUGGGGCUUGAUCAAUUACCAGGUCGACCCGCAAACACGGCCAUCCAACAUCGGACCGCCAUUCACCGGCCACUUCCGAGUUAUCGCAGACACCCCACGGGGUCUUCAGCCAUUCCAGCCCGGGCCAAACCACAGUGUCACUUCAGGCAAGGCUCUUCCAGCCACUCAGCGUGCCGCCUCCUCCAUUCCUGCAUCCAAAGACGACCUCAAUCUUGAACUACGCCGCAGCGUUUACGACGAAAAAGGAAAGGAUAUCACCCCUGCUGAAGAUAAGGAGAAGCAGACCAAUGGUGAAGCCACAAAUGGCUUGGACAUUGCCCAGGAAUCCAAGAAGAAGGCACACUGCUUCUCUUGUGGUAUUGAUUGCACCAAACUUCGUUUCCACUACGCCAAAUCAGCCCCCACCUCUGCGAGUGCCAAUACCCCAGACAGCAAAUAUGACCUGUGUCCCAACUGCUUCCUCCAAGGACGCAUGCCUUCUAGCCACAGUGCCUCAGACUUUGUUAAGCUCGAGGACAAGGGCCACUCUCACCCAUCCGACAAAGACACUAAGUGGUCGGACUCCGAAUUGAUCUUGUUGUUGGAAGGAUUGGAAAACUUCGAUGACAAUUGGGAACAAAUUGCGAACCACGUUGGUACACGAUCUCGGGAGGAGUGUGUCAUGAAGUUCUUGCGGCUAGAGAUUGAGGAUAAAUACAUUGAAGAUAUUCCAGAGUCGCGCAUUGGCGGCGGACGUGACCCCAUCAGCCAGUCAGAGAACCCCGUUCUUUCUGUCGUGGCGUUCUUGGCCCAGAUGGCGGAGCCCACAGUGGCUGCUGCCGCCGCCGGCCGGUCUGUCGAGGAAAUCCGCAAAGAGCUCCGAAGCCAACUGGAGAAGGGAGAAGAUAAGGGCAAAGAGGCAGUUAAGACCGAAGACUCGAUGGACGUGGAUGCCGCGCGCGACGCCGAGCAGCCAGCUUCUGCGAAGCCCAAGGAAUCCGUUGGCACCAUCGCCCUGGCCGCAUCUGCCGCACGUGCUGGAGCUCUUGCCUCGCACGAGGAGCGCGAAAUGACCCGCCUGGUCUCUGCUGCAGUCAAUGUCACCCUGCAGAAGUUCGAGGUCAAGUUGCAGCAGUUUAACGAAAUGGAAGAGAUUAUUGAGGCUGAGCGCCGGGAGUUGGAACAGGCGCGCCAACAACUUUUCUUGGACCGAAUGACCUUCAAGAAGCGUGUUAAGGAGGCACAGGAUGCUCUCCAGACCGUUAGCUUGCAGGGCCCCAACGAACAUACAAAUCAGAUGCUGGCUGAUGCCGCUACCACAGGUAUUGGGAACCACUACAGCUUCCAGCCCGUUGGCGGAGACCUGCGCGCCGGAGCCCAGCCCCUGAGUGCCCAGGUUGGUGCUGACUACAAGACUCUUGACCUGUAG